CCGGGGGGAUGUUAGCCCCGAGCCCGGCCGGGCUGCGGGCGCUGCGCGAGCUCCGACUCGGAGGCGCCGGGGCGAGCUGAACUUUGCUCCGUUUGGGUUGGUUCGUGGCCUCCUUUGGCAAGCGGAGCGCGGGGCCCCCGGGCUGAGCCGGCCCCGGGGAGGGGCAUGGCGUGCGGCGGGGGCAGCGGCGCCAGCCCGGGGCCCGCCAGCCCGGCACCGCUCUGGUACCACCGGGACCUGAGCCGAGCGGCGGCGGAGGAGCUGCUGGCCAGAGCCGGCCGAGACGGCAGCUUCUUGGUGCGGGACAGCGAGAGCGUCUCGGGCGCCUACGCCCUCUGCGUGCUGUUCCAGAAGCACGUCCACACCUACCGGAUCCUGCCAGAUGAGGAUGACUUCCUAGCGGUGCAGACGUCACAGGGAGUCCAGGUGAGGCGCUUCAAGACCCUGAACGAGCUGAUUGCGCUCUACCUGCAGUCCAACCAGGGCCUGGUCUGCACCCUGCUCUUCGCCGUCGAGCGGGAGAAGGAGAAGGAGAAUGCCGAGGACAGGGACUACUCAGAUGGGGAGGAUGAAAAGCCCCCGUUACCGCCGCGCUCCGGCUCCACCAGCUUCUCCCCCGCCAGCCUCGGGCCAGCCACACAGGACGGGGCCAUCGAGAGUGCCACCAACGGCCUCAGCACGGUCUCCCACGAGUACCUGAAGGGCAGCUACACCCUGGACCUGGAGGCUGUCAAAGCCGGGGCCAGCAGCCUGCCCCAUCUCAACAAGACCCUGGUCACCUCCUGCAAAAGGCUACACAGCGAGGUGGACAAGGUCCUGUCCGGGCUGGAGAUCCUCUCCAAGGUGUUUGACCAGCAGAGUUCGCCCGUGGUCUCCCGGAUCCUCCAGCAGACCGCUGGCCAGACGGGAGAGCAGGAGCUGGAGAGCCUGGUGCUGAAGCUGUCUGUCCUGAAGGACUUCCUGUCCGGCAUUGAGAAGAAGGCUCUGAAAGCUCUCCAGGACAUGAGCUCCACGGCCCAGCCUGCCCUGGCCCAGCCCUCCUUCCGCAAAGCCAAGAGCAUCCCCGUGCAAGCGUUCGAGGUGAAGCUGGACGUCACCUUGGGGGACCUCACCAAGAUCGGCAAGUCGCAGAAGUUCACGCUGAGUGUGGAUGUGGAGGGCGGGAAGCUGGUGGUGCUGAAGAAGCAGAAGGACUCCCAGGAGGACUGGAACACAUUCACCCACGACAAGAUCCGACAGCUGAUCAAGUCCCAGCGGGUGCAGAAUAAGCUGGGGAUCGUCUUCGAGAAGGAGAAGGAUAAAACUCAGCGGAAAGAUUUCGUCUUCGUCAGCGCCAGAAAGCGGGAGGCGUUCUGCCAGCUGCUGCAGCUGAUGAAAAACAAACAUUCCAAGCAGGACGAGCCCGACAUGAUCUCCGUCUUCAUCGGCACGUGGAACAUGGGAAGCGUGCCUCCCCCCAAGAGCAUCACGUCCUGGUUUACGUCGAAGGGCCUGGGGAAGACGCUGGAUGAGAUGACGGUCACCAUCCCCCAUGACAUCUACGUCUUUGGCACCCAGGAGAACUCGAUGGGGGACAAGGAGUGGGUCGACGUCCUCCGGGGCGUGCUGAAGGAGUUCACGGAGAUCGAGUACCGCCCGAUCGCGAUGCAGGCCUUGUGGAAUAUUAAGAUUGCCGUCCUGGUGAAACCGGAGCACGAGAACCGGAUCAGCCACGUCAGCACCUCGAGCGUGAAGACCGGGAUCGCCAACACGCUGGGCAAUAAAGGGGCCGUGGGAGUCUCCUUCAUGUUCAAUGGCACUUCUUUCGGCUUCGUGAAUUGCCACCUGACCUCAGGCAACGAGAAGACGGCCAGGCGGAACCAGAACUACCUGGACAUCCUGCGCUUGCUGUCCCUGGGUGACAAGCAGCUCAGCUCCUUCGACAUCUCGCUCCGCUUCACCCAUCUCUUCUGGUUCGGGGACCUCAACUACCGCCUGGACAUGGACAUCCAGGAGAUCCUCAACUACAUCAACCGCAAGGAGUUCGAGCCGCUGCUCAAGGUGGAUCAGCUCAACCUGGAGAAGGAGAAGCACAAGGUCUUCCUGCGAUUCGGCGAGGAGGAGAUCACCUUCCCCCCGACCUACCGCUAUGAGCGGGGCUCCCGCGACACCUACGUGUGGCACAAGCAGAAGCCCACCGGGGUCCGCACCAACGUCCCCUCCUGGUGUGACCGCAUCCUGUGGAAGUCGUACCCCGAGACCCACAUCAACUGCAACUCCUACGGCUGCACCGACGACAUCACGACCAGCGACCACUCCCCUGUCUUCGGAGCCUUCGAGGUCGGAGUGACAUCCCAGUUCGUCUCCAAGAAAGGGCUCUCCAAGGCCUCAGACCAGGCCUACAUUGAGUUUGAGAGCAUCGAAGCUAUUGUGAAGACGGCCAGCCGGACCAAGUUCUUUAUCGAGUUCUACUCCACCUGCCUGGAAGAGUUCAAGAAGAGCUGCGAGAACGACAUGCAGAGCAGCGACAACAUCAACUUCCUGAAGGUUCAGUGGUCCUCGAGGCAGCUGCCCACGCUGAAACCGAUUCUGUCCGAGAUCGAGUAUCUCCAGGACCAGCACCUGCUGCUCACGGUCAAGUCCGUCGAUGGCUACGAAUCCUACGGCGAGUGCGUGAUCGCCCUGAAGUCCAUGAUCGGCAGCACCACCCAGCAGUUCCUCACCUACCUGUCCCACCGCGGGGAGGAGACGGGCAACAUCCGGGGCUCCAUGAAGGUCCGGGUCCCAGCCGAGCGGAUGAGCACCCGGGAGAGGCUCUACGAGUGGAUCAGCAUCGACAAGGACGAAACAGGAGCUGCCAAGGGGAAGCUGCCGCUGGGGUCUCGGGCCAGCCAGGAGCACGCCAAAUCCGCCGGACGGAAGCCCCUGCCAGGGGAGACGGCAGCCUGCCCCCUCGGGAAGCUGUUUGACGAGCUGGAGAAGCCCAGCACCCUGCCUGCCGGCCGCCUGCCAGCCCCGCUCCGCGGCACCUCCAGGGAGGAGACCUCUCAGACCAGGUCCAAGCAGGACUCGGCCUCGGAGCCCGACAGCGGCCCCACGAAGAACAGCUUCAAUAACCCAGCCUACUACGUGCUGGAGGGGGUCCCGCAUCAGCUGCUGGCCGCAGAUCCCCCCACCCCCUCCAAGGGGCCGGCCCCCAAGAACAAAGUGCAGAUCACGGUGCCCGUGCAGCCGGAGCGGCGCCGCCAGCCGCUCCCGGGCCGGGGCGAGGAGAGCUCCUCCGACGAGGACACGGGCACCCUCAACCUGCCGCCCCCCGACUUCCCGCCCCCACCCCUGCCCAAGGCCGUGGACUUUGAGGUGGCCGAAAACCCUCUCUACGCCAGCGCCAAGGACCUGGGUGGGGCAGCUGGCCGGGAGGCGCCCGGCACUGCCAAGCCGUGGGCUGCCGUGGCCUUCAGCGACCCCUUGGAGUCCAAGCUGGCCCCACCCAAGCUACACCCCAGGCCUCCCCUCCCCCCUGGACCUGGCUUCCUGGUGGAGCCCCCCAGCGCCCCCCAGGCUCAGGGAGGCCUCCUGGACGAUCGCUCCUGCUCGGUGCUGCAGAUGGCCAAGACCCUGAGCGAGGUGGAUUAUCCGGGCAGCAAAGGGAGCAGCGGCCUGGGGCGGGAGCAGCAGGGCCGGCCGGCCCCCCAUCUGCCCAGCAAAGGGCGGCUGGACCUGCCCCCCAGGUGCAUGCACCCCGACUACAGCCGGCCCAUCACCUUCCCACCCCGCUCCAUCCGGGAGAGCAUCGAGGAGGACUUGGCUGAAGAGGCGCUGGGCCAGGGAGGGAGGAGCAGCUCCAGCCUGAGCGAGUGCAGCGUGGGCGAAUGGCUCCUGGCCCUCGGGCUGGAGAGGUACGAGGAGGGGCUGAUUCACAACGGCUGGGACGACCUGGAGUUCCUCAGUGACAUCACGGACGAGGACCUGGAGGAGGCUGGGGUGCUGGAUCCCAACCACAAGCGCCUCCUGCUGGAGAACCUGCUGAAGCUCAGGAAGUAGCAGGAAUCUGUGCCUCCCACGCCAGGGCCCGGGUGUGCCGCUCCGCGCUCGCUCCUGUUCGCAUCCCCCGUCCCCCUCCUGCCCCCUCCUACGUUGGGAUCUCGGGGGCUUUCACUGUGCCUGCACCCCCCUCCCCCUGGCGGGGAGGGAGGGGACUCGAGGCAGCCACGAGCUGCAUCCCCAUGGGGGGGGGCGAGGGCAGCACGUGGGACACUGGCUUAGUGCUGCGUCUGCAGGGGGGCACCCCAGAGAUGGGGCUGUGGGUGCGGAGUGGGGAGGAGCCGCCCCACGGUGACCCAGAUCCUACCUGUCCUCGCCUCCCGUGGCUUCCUGGAGGAAUCGGGCCUGAGCCAACCCAGAGUGAGGGGGCGAUGGGUGGGAGGGGGGCAGAGAGCCGCUCGUGGGCUGAGCAGUCCCACAGCUGGGGGGUUGGAAGUGGCCUAGGCCUGGGAGCAGGGCGCUCUGCUGCCUAAGUUAUUGCGUAUUUAUUGAACUAGGGGAAGAAAGUUUGUCUUGUUUCAUUGCCAGGCAGCCUGGGCUUGCUCGGGUUUAGGCCUCUCCUCCUCCUUUGCAGGGAGUUUCCCCUUCAGCCAAGCCAGGCCCUUUCCUGCCCCCCUGCAUCCCGCGGGCUCGCAGCGCUGUGGGCAGCGGCGGGCAGGGCCUCUCCCUCUUCCCAGGGCACAGGUGCCGCUGGGUUGCAGCGCUCCGGUCGCCAGGGAGCAACCAGGCUGAGCAAGGGGCUGGAGCGCUCCAUUGAGGGGGGCACACGAGCUGCCCAAGUGGGGACACGAGCCUGCAUCCGCCCGGAGGGUGGGGCAUCGGGGACAGGCGCUGACUAGGAGUUAGAGGCUGGAAUUAACCUGGGAGGCUUGGCCCGGAGCCGAGGAGGAAUUCCCUGCCAGUGCGCUGGAUCUUUCCCCAUGGGGGUCAUGACAAAACAGCCGCCCCCUGUCUCCCGCCAGGCGUCUCGGCAUCCUGGGAUACGUCCCAGCCCUGUGGUUAGCCAGGGAGGGCUGUCUGCUUCCGGAACGGUCUCUCCGCCCAGCGCCUCUGAGCCAGCGAAGAAUUGGAGCAGGCAGGGGCGUCUAGGCUCAGCGGGGGAGUAAAGACCCUCUCAGCCCUUCUCCUUGACUGUGGGAGCCGAUGGCAGGGGCAGUGGUCCCUCCACUCACUCCUGAGUCCUCCGCCCUCCUCUGGCCCCCAUUAUCUCCUCUCCUCCCCGGCUGUAGCGUAGUUACGCCUUAGGAGCCCGCUAAAGCACUCCUAGUGUAGACAGGGCCGACGGGCCACGCCCAGGGUCACGGGAAGUCUGUGGCGGAGCAGGAAUUAAACCCAGGUUGCCCCUGGCCCAGGCUUCUGCGCCACCCUCUGGCCAAUCUUCCCUGGCAUCCUUCCUGCCCAUCAGGCAUCCAGCCAGGCUCCAUGCACUGCCUCCUGCCGCCCUAUCUUCUAGCUGCUCCUCACCGGGCAUGGGGACCCCAGGGUCCUGCCUUCAUCUGCCACCGUCCAUGAGAGCAGGGGCAGCGUUUGUACCCGGCACUUUAUUCCCCCCCUCGGGGAAAGCGAGUCUGGGACCCCAGCUGCCUCCCUUCAAGCCAGGCAGGGCCAAAGUUCUAAUGCCAGGGACUGGGGCUCCGGACACCUGGGUUCUUUUCCCACUUCAGAGGCCAAGAUGCCCAAGGCCCCGUCCGACAGCUCCUCUGUGUGCUGGGGGAGAGGGAAACUGAGGCUAUUUCACUAAUGCCUCGAGAUUGUAACUGCAAAGGACAUCAUAGCUCCCCCAGUACCAUAAGCGGCUCCUUUGCCAAACCCAGCUGUGCCAGUUUCCUUCAGGGAGUGGCGCUCCGGCACCCAGAGCG